AAGUGAAUAUUAAAAGUCCGAGUGAGUAGGAAAUAGAUAAUCAAUAGGUCUAUGGAUAUUCGGAUUUUCAACUGACUCACUAUUCUAGGUACGUUCCUUCUGCAAUUGUCAUUUUGCAUCUUAUUAAAGAACCCCGCGUCGCACCUUCAAUCCGAACUUGAACUUGAACUUGAACUUGACGAAUUAAUUAUUCCCAACCGAACUGUUGCAUCAGUCUUGAAACUUCAUUCCUCAUUAAAGCUUUUUAUUGUCUUACAUUUUACAUUUUACAUCUUACAUAUUGCAUCUUUCUGGCGUCUCUCCCUCACCAACAUAAACCAUCACCUCUGGGGAACUUGUCCGAUCAUUAAAACUAUUUCCCAUCUGACCUCUGGUUAACAUAGGGGGUGAAAUCAUGGCGUCGGAACCUGAAGCAAUGGCAGAGGUUGUAAGUGGGGGAGUGGACGCUGUGGUAGAUGCCGCAGUAAAUGUUGUCGUUCCUACCAAAUUCUCUUGGUUGCAACCCCAUGUCAUCUUCGUUGUCAUCCUCGUUGGUGAAGAUGAGAUCCCCUUUGGCAUCCAGAAGGACUUCCUCUGCGCCAAGUCCUCCCACUAUCGAAUCCAGUUUGCCAACAAACAGGGGGAAGACGCCGGGCUUGAGCAUAUUGUCAAGCUUCCCCAAGCCACCCCUGAAAUCUUUGGCUUUGUCCAGAACUUCUUAUAUACCGGAAGCCUCUUUCCCGACGCCGAUUCUCUCCCUGGCUAUGAAAUUCUGAUUGCCGCUUGGAAGCUGGGAAACGAGCUAGGUAUUGAAGGUCUCUGCGACGAGGCCCUCGAAGCUAUGGCUGAAUGCAGACGUGUCACACAGCAUAUUCCCGCUACGCCUCUCCUUGUUCAGGCGUGGAAAGACGCUCCAGAGGGCUCCUCUAUCCGCACGCUCCUUCUGAACUGGGCUGCAGAGUACAUAAGAUCCUCAGAGUCCAGACAAGAAUUCACGAAGUCUUUGCCUCAAGAGGUACUCAGUGAGCUUGUAAUAGCAAUGAGCCAUCUGAACUCUUCGCCAGUCAUACAGGUUAAUCCUGUCCUAUCCCCUGCCAGCCAGGCCCAGAGGAAGAAUGUCCACUAUCUAGACCCAGAAGAUAGUGAAGACGAUGUAUACACCAAGCCACAGAAGCAUCGUCACUCGGAUGUGGCCUCGAAUAGGCUAACUUCUGGUGAAAGAAAGGUCGGGGCUAAGAAACCCGCCUCAAGAGCAUCACUUCCUACGCCUAAGCCUAUCAAGUUUAAGCGAUCUAGCUUAAAUGCCGACCUUUCGCAAUACUCAACGGAAGAUAAGCUAUGGUUCUGCGAGCGACUCUUGGGUAAGAUGUUAUCUGGACCUGGUUUCUGGACUCGUCUGGUCGGUCCUUUCCGCGAACCUGUCCGCCCUGUCGAAGAUGGCGUACCGGAUUACCUGACAAAGAUUAAGAUGCCUAUGGAUCUCAGCACGAUCAAAAGCAAGAUGGAUCGAAGAGAGUACCACGACGAGCAGCAGUUCUCGGCCGACAUCCGCCAGAUCUUCACCAACUGCUACGCAUACCACGAACGAGGCUCCCCAAUGUGGGCCAACUGUGAGAAGUUUGAGAAGACGUUCGAGGAGAAGUUUGCAGAUAUGCCUAAGGAGAUUGCGAAGAUGCUGGGUGAUAAAGCUUCUUAGUGCGCCCACCACCUGGUGGUGAGUUUCUUUUUUAGUUACGCGGUGAUUUGGCUAUUGCCUAGAUACACUCGUACGAUUUGACCAUUACGCAUGGACGGACCAGUUUACUUGGAUGGACGGGUUUGGAGUCUAUGCAGAAAGGUUAUAUUAUUAUAGGAUAAUUAGCACAUGUUCGUGCAACCAGGCGUGAGAUGAAACACCCUGAAUCCUGGAUCGUUCAGUCGAUCUCUUAAUGGCCUGUUAUAGAGGCAUUGCGACGCAUGUGCAUUUGCAGGCUAGAUGCGGUCUUAGCACUAGCACUUUUGUCUUUUAAAGGGUUGUUGUUUUCAUUUGCCCGGCGUCUCUGCGAGGAAGAGAGAGAACCACACUUGCCCCCUUCGUUUCAGGGAUAGCACGGCAAUAGGUUUAGGGAUUCUUGAUAUCGGACUGAUUUCUUGCGAAAUGGAUUUGAUUUGAUUUCUUUAAGAUGUAGGCUAUUUUCGCCUGUGCUUGUGCUUGUCUUGUGAAUGCUUGAGUGUAUAACGCAUGAUUGUUAAUCAUCUAGGUUAAGCUAUUCCUAACUAACACUAUACAUAUAUCUAAGUUAUAACUCUUAAUGAGGGGUAUUGGGAGAGGCGGAACUUAAGUACCUGGGUAGUCUUGGUUAAACUAGUAAGCCCUAACAUGUAGGUAUGAAUGAGAAUGCUCAAAACUAG